AAUACAGUGCAGUUGAUAAAUGGAGUCACAGUGUUUGUCAAGGUAGUUUUGUUUACGCGAAAAAAACGGUUUCUUUUCCCAUUCGGAAUAUAAAAGCACUCUAUACGUCUUGUGUAUGUUGAGAGGUAGAUGAAGUGAAUGUUUAUUCGGAAAAGUCUCGAGGGGGAUUUAUUGAAGCUCCCUGAUUACCCUAAAUCAUGUUCCUUAUCACGGUGAUCCUUCCUCUCACGCUGGAGUGCGUCUCGAGGUCUGAAGUAAUCCUCAACCACUCCAGCUCUAUUGCUCAAUCCCUGCAUGACAAAGAUCCUCAUCCUUGCGAGAAUGAUCGUAGGAUUCAAGAUGUCCCGCAACCAUAAGGACAAAUAUGAAAGCUCAAACCCGCGUCGUACGCACACUAUUAUGUCCACUGAGGACGCCAACUCUGGUAAGAAAUCUUAUUGGCCGGAGUUGGAGAUAACAGGCAGCAUAAGAAAUUUGAGUCCCAAUAUAUGGCAAUUGACUCAUUUAACUGCGCUAUAUCUUAAUGAUAACAGUUUACAAAGGAUACCACCUGAAAUAGGACGGUUAGCUCAGUUGAGAGUACUUGAUUUAAGUAGUAAUAAACUACGCAGUCUGCCUGCUGAACUUGGGGAUCUCAUCUACCUCAAGGAGUUGCUUUUAAAUCAGAAUUUUCUCCGAGUAUUACCGUACGAAUUAGGAAAGUUAUUCCAGUUACAAGUGCUUGGACUACACGGAAAUCCACUCAGUAAGGAGAUGAUGGCCGUCUACGGUGAACCAUCGGGGACUCACAAGCUGCUGUCGUACAUGCUGGACAAUUUACAAGUAACAGCGAAUCAUCCACCGCAGAGACCAUGGAUACCUUUGACAAGGCCCAACAGGACUCGACCAACGUGUAUCUUUACAGUAAUGUGCUACAACGUUCUUUGCGACAAAUACGCAACGCGCCAGAUGUAUGGGUACUGUCCCAGUUGGGCACUUGACUGGGAGUAUCGAAAAAAAGGAAUACUCGAUGAGAUACGUCACUAUGCCGCUGAUAUUAUCAGCCUUCAGGAAGUUGAAACUGAUCAAUUCUACAACUUUUUCUUACCUGAACUCAAGCACGAUGGUUAUGAUGGUAUCUUUUCACCGAAAUCAAGGGCAAAGACCAUGGCUGAGAAUGAUAGAAAGUAUGUAGAUGGCUGUGCCAUCUUCUACAGAACUGCCAAAUUUACAUUGAUCAAGGAGCAUUUGGUGGAAUUCAAUCAGCUCGCGAUGGCCAAUGCCGAGGGCUCCGAUCACAUGUUAAAUCGAGUAAUGCCAAAGGAUAACAUCGGAUUAGCAGCACUUUUAAGAACCACUGAAGCUGCAUGGGAUAAUGGUCUACCCACUGAUCCGGCUCAGAUACAACAACUCAUUCUCGUGUGCACCGCACACAUCCACUGGGAUCCGGAGUUUUGUGAUGUUAAAUUAAUCCAGACAAUGAUGCUCAGCAAUGAGCUUCGCUCAAUCCUGGAUCAGGCUGGUCAAUCCUUCAGACCUGGCCACAAACCUGACUCUUCCAAUGUUCAACUGCUCCUGUGUGGAGAUUUUAACUCAUUACCUGACUCUGGUGUAAUUGAAUUUCUAACAUCUGGACGUGUAGCUUCUGAUCAUCGUGACUUCAAAGAACUGGUGUAUAAAUCUUGCCUUCAGAAAAUAUCCGGAUGUGACAAGCCCAACGAAUUUAUUCACUCUUUUAAACUUGCUUCAGCCUACAGCGAAGAUAUCAUGCCGUAUACGAAUUACACUUUUGACUUCAAAGGAAUAAUUGACUACAUAUUUUACUCAAAGCAGAGUAUGGUUCCACUUGGACUGCUAGGUCCACUCAGUGCUGACUGGUUCAGGGAACACAAGGUAGUUGGAUGCCCGCAUCCACAUAUACCAUCAGACCACUUUCCAUUAUUAGUCGAAUUGGAAAUGAAUCCAAUAGUGGGGACUAGUAAUGGUCUGAUCUCACGCAGGUAGCAGCCGCUACGUUCUAGGCCCAAACAAUAAGCAAUAAGGGAAUGAUUAAAGAAAAAAACUAGCGACUUAUUGUAAUGAAAGAGAUGGAAACGAAUGGAAAUGAUUGAAAAAAAAAAUCUCUGAAACCCCCCUUCACCACUCCUUCUACAACAUUCUGGCUCUGGCAAUGAAACUCGCAGAAUACUUACACAGCGAAAAACGACUCAAUACUCCAUAUUACCGCACACAAAACGACAAAAAAACGUAAGAUGUUUAAAUUAAUGAAAAACCUGAUAACGAUUUCACAUUAAUUCAUAAUUGACCAGGUGACGGAAGUCGUGUUGUAAUGCGUUUAGCCCAUGUAUAGUGUAUUGCAUUUUUAUGGAGUUUUAAGUCCUUAAUAUGGAAUAUCAUCUACGAUUCACGAAGUUAACGUGUAGAUACCUAUUUUCCUAUGAAAUAAAUGAAACGAAUAAAAUGAAAUAAUGAAAAUAUAUGAAGAAAAAAAAAUGAAAAUAUUCCGAUCAAGCCUCUGUGAUAUUGAGAUUAACAAUUGGAACAAUUUCACAUAUUUAUUAAUGAACUUAGCAUCUACUAGAGAAAAAAAAAGAAAAUCCAUUGCAAGGAAAAUGAAAUAAAAUCUCUGACCUCUUCCUAAAUGUCAUUACAACAUUCUCCAAAGCCAACUUUUUUGAUAAGAAUGCUGCCAUCCAUGAAAAAUUGUAUUUUUAAACAAAACAAAAACCAAGAAAAAAAGAGAAAAAGAGAAAAUAAUUUAAAAUGAAAAAAAAAUGAUAACAUACACGCUAUACUGGGCUGUGCGAAGUGAUUGGAGUUGACUUAAAAAAAAUACAAUUUCAAUGCAAGUACAAAACUGUUCUUAUUGGCCACGUAUAUUGAUAAUGAUAAUGUUAAAUAAGAGAAAUAGACGAUAUUGUAGACGAGUGUAAUUGUAAGUAUGGUAAUUGUAAUGUUUCAACGUAAUUGUAGUAUCCAUCUAUUGAGAAAAUUUAUUUUUCUCAUUUAUUUCUGUUUAAACAUUCACUUCAUGAGUAUACCGAUCAGUUUGCAUUUCUAUUCUAUAAUAAUUAUCUAUACGUGUGAAUAAUUCGCCACUUGUUGAUACAGUGGUCAGUUCAUUCAAUUUGUAUGAAAGUAAUUGGUCAUUGAACAUAAUGUGUAUGAAUGUGAGUCCUUGAAUUGACGUUACAUUUUUUUAAAUCAUGCAUUUGAUUUUUCUUCUUCAUUUUAAAACAAUUAUUGAAUAGAAUUAUACAUAUGUAUUUAGAAAUUGACUGGGUUCUAAAUUUGUAUAAAGUAUGAUCGUGAAAAUUUUGUAAAAUAAUGGAACCACUGAGGUAAACAAGUGGUGAAUUUAUUAUCUGCCCCGGGUCAUGCAUAAAUGUAGUGAAUGUUGUAUAAAUAGGUAAUUUUCUAGUUUUAAUUCAACAAAACUGUCUCGCAUUCUGUAUUGGUAUGUUGGUUUGUCGAGGAUAUCUUUUUACAUUAGUGAACGAAAAUUCAGUAGUCUUUACGAAUGGAAAAACAUUUUUGAAAGGCAAAAAAAGGAUUUCGAGAUUCCUUCUCUUUUUGAUCAAUUCAGUGAAAAAAGAAGUCCAAUUCUUCAUCCUUUCUACAGCCCUCGUUUAGAUUUGAUUUUUACAUGAGUAAAUCAAAUUAUACGCAAUUUUUAGAAAAAUAACCGAUCUAUUUGGAGAAAUACAUAUGAAAAGUAUCUGAAUAGAUUGAGUAGACGAAACAAAUUAAAAUUUUAUUCAUAGUUUCGGCACUGGAUUUUUUAAUCCAAUUAGUUUAUUAAACUACUGAAUUUUCGAUUGUAUUAAGAAUUUAACGCAAUCAAUUAAGAUUAUAUCAUAACGAUAGAUAAUAAAUGAUCUCGGGCCUAAUUUGACAAGAUGCAUCAUGUAUUGUCUAACUGCAACUACAGAGUACUGAAGAAGUCAUGUUUCUCCAAACGAUUUUUAAGUUAUCUGGAAGUGAAAAAUAUCGAUUUGUGAGUAUUUUGACGAACAUCCCAUUCCUUUACACAUUUUGUUUUUUUUUUCACUGUGAAUUUAUAAUUAAUAUACAAUAAUGAUUAUUGCAUGUACGCACUCGAAUUUGGUAUCACUUAUUCGAUAAUAUUAGGAUAUAAACGAUGAUAAAUUGAUUUGAUAAUUUUAAUUUCAUGAUUUUUCUGGUGAAAAUUGUCGCUUGAUUUAACCACCAAGUAUCGUAUACUUGACUGCGAGAAUUGUAAUCAGAAAUUGAGGAAAUUGUAACGAACUAAUAUCAAGCUAUCAAUUUUCAUAGCACGAUCAAUUUAAUUAGUUAAUUUGGAUAUAGUUUUUUCUGGGGGGUGAGCAGGGAAGGGGGGAAUUCGAUGCACCAAUUUUCUCUGGAUAUGCAUUUUUUUCUUUUUUAAGAACACGACACUAGAAUUAAUCGAUGGGAAACGAAGGAGUUGUAGGAAUGAAACAAAAUAUAUCAUGUAUUAUGGUGAAAAUGUCUGCCACAUUGAUUGAUUAACCGUAGCUGAUUAAAUUAGAUUAAUACGUUGCAAUUAGGAAUUUGGGGGAUGAAGUGAGGCGAUUUAACUUUGAGAUUGAUCAGUUUUUUCAGAAUAACUUAACGAAUUCUAUAGAAAAUGUCUUGUGAUUUCUAUUGAGCUGUCCAUAAGUUUCUGGACGAUUUUAUCGAAAUAUUCCUAUUCUCUUCAACUCAUGCUAUUAACAUAUGUUCUACAGAAAUUCCGCCACUAAAAAUUUUUUCGUUACCUUUUUAAAGAAUAGCUAGGGUAAACAGCGCAAGACAAGAAAGAAAAUAUUUAAAAAUGAAAUUCAACAGAAGUUAAAUAAAAAUUUUAUGGAGUUUUCUACUGAAUUCACCGGGGUUUUCUAUGAAAUUUCAUCUCAACAGAAAAUCGAAGCAUUUCAUUUCGCCCACUGACCAUUGACUUUACUCGUUUAUGCAUUUGAGAAAUGGAAGAAUUAUCUUAGAAAAUCAUGUUUCAUCAGAUUAAUUAGGUCUCGCGCUAACUAAUUGAACAAAGCCAAAAGUUUCUUGUACACAAUUUACUGAAAUCAAAGUGAUACACGACGAAAUAACAAUUGACCGGUCCUGGCCCACAUCAUACUCCAAAUCUAAAACCACAUUAAAUAAUAAUUCGAAUUAAUUCACAAUACAAGAUGCAUCCUUCCUGAGCAAAUGCGAAAUCUUGAAUCAUUUAAUUAUAAGACUCCGCAUUUUAAUUUCUCAUUGUAGUGAUCGCCAGAGCAUUUAGUCUGAAAUAGCGUUACAACACUAGUUUGUAUUCAACCGAAAAGGAAAAACAAAGAUACCAACCAAUUGAAAAAAAAAAAUAUGAUUUGUAAUCCUAGUAUCAUAUUUUGUUUAUCAUCGAUAUUUAUGUGAUUAUCAGUAAAUUGUAGAAAUGAAAAUGAAUCUUCCUCUUCAUGGAUCACGAGAAAUUUAUACAUAAAUUUAAAUGAAAAUAAUACUCGCAAAAUUCAAGUGCAAGAGUACAAAUAGGUAGCUUUGCGAGACCUGGUAAAGUAUUAAGCUAGAAGAGAUAAAUAAAAUUGAGUUGUAAAGGCAUAUUACGAAGAAGGGUGUUCUAGUAGAAUGUAAAUUCUCACUGUCUGGAUCAUCUUUGAAAUUAGAUCAUUAAAAUUGUACCUAAAUCUUUCCCAAUCAGUCCACUGUAUCAAAUGAAAAAAAAAACAAGAAAAAAUUGUGAUUUUUCUUUCGUAUGCGAGAUAAAAUGCAAUAAUGUAUAUGGGCUGCGUUUUCAUCAUGAUCAAGUGUAAUAAU